GAAGAAGCAGAAGCAGAAGAAGAAGAAGAAAUUCAUAACAAGCCCGUUGCUGAUCGGAUCGAAUAUCUUCUUUGAUUUCACAGUCCAACAAACUGAUGUUUGCCAAGAAUGAACGAAUAAGGUAAGUAAUUAUUCUUGCUACAAUGGCGAUGAGUAGGCAUAUAUGUUGGCUAGUUAGCUCGUUAGCCAAAGCCACAAACAGUCGUUUGUUUGUUUUGUGUCAGGACAUUCUGUUCUGUUACAGAUGAGAAACAGCAUGCAAUAAUGUUGCAGCAAAGGUAUCGCAAUUGUGCCUGAGUGGACAUUUUUUACAGUGUAAACAAUGGUGCAAUGUUUCAGAUUUUAGUAAACUGGCCUCUGUUUUUCUCUGCCAUGUAUCAACGUAUCUAGCUGAUUUAGCCACGUUGUUGCAUUUAUCAGAUUGAAUUUCACUUGACACACCAUGGUCAGACGAUUUUCCUCGGGGAAAAAAGGUGCCCGAUAUCUUAUGUUAUCGUCUGUCAAACGAAAGAAGGUGUGAAGUCACUCACUUCUCCUUUCUUGUGCCUCUGUGUUAUUUCAAACAGACAGAAGUUAACACACCGACAUCACUUAUCUUGGGUCAACAAUAACUGAUCAUGUUUUUGGCUAGGUAUAGAGGGUAAUGUUCAAACGCCAUCUAGCACAUGUUGACAUGUCAUAACUAUUUUAUGAACAUUGACCAAUGUGUUUUGGCUUUAAUUCCUUUUGCAGGGUGGUUGGCUUUAAUUCCUGUCUGUUUUCCAUGAGUUUGUCUACAACUCCAGCACCUGCGGAAAGUACCUGGAUGUGCCUAUGUUCUUCAGCUUUUGUGGUUGAUGACUAACCAGUAACUAGUCCUUUCAAUGAUCACCGGGUCACUCAACUCUGAGACCUCCCAACAGACAUCAUCCAUCCACUCACACAAACUAACAUGACCUCCGAGCAGGCCAGCACCCUGCAUGCAUUCAAGGGCCCCGGCGACCCCAGUCCGGGCUACUUCUCCUGGGGCCUUCGCUUCCAGGUCAUCGGCCUGGGUUUUGCCUUCUACACGGCCGUGUUCCUCCUCUCCCACCUGGUGUCCACGGCUCUCUCUCAGACCUACCGCUCUCUGCUGGCUAAGGAGAAGGUGUUCUGGAACCUGGCGGCCACACGGGCUGCGUUCGGCCUCCAGAGCAUGGUGGCGGGCCUACGGGCGCUGACCGAGGACUCGGCCAUGUCCAGGGACAGGGUCAGAGGUCAGGAGGACUGGUCUUGGUUCACUGUGCUCACCGCCACAGGCUUCUUUCUGUUUGAGAAUGUGGCGCUGCAUGCCUCCAGUGUGGUGUUCAGGUCCUUCGACCUCCCCCUGGCUGCCCAUCAUUUCUUUGCCCUGUCAGGGUUCGCUGGGGCGGUGGUCUGGGACUCACUAGGACAUUACCUGCCCAUGGUCACUCUGCUGCUGGAGAUGAGCACACCCUUCACCUGCAUCUCCUGGAUGUUACUAAAGGUAAAGGAGUGUUUGUGUCUGUCUGGUGCCUUUCAUCAUAUUCUCUAUAAAGUAUGUUUCUGUUUUGUAGUUGUUGAUUGACUCCAUUUGUGACACUGUACUGUUUUUUUAUUUAACCUUUAUUUAACCAGGUAAGCCAGUUGAGGACAAGUUCUCAUUUACAACUGCGACCUGGCCAAGAUAAAGCAAAGCAGUGCAAUAAAAACAACAACAACACAGAGUUACAUACAGUGAGGGAAAAAAGUAUUUUAUCCCCUGCUGAUUUUGUACGUUUGCCCACUGACAAAGAAAUGAUCAGUCUAUAACUUUAAUGGUAGGUUUAUUUGAACAGUGAGAGAGAGAAUAACAACAAAACAAUCCAGAAAAACGCAUGUCAAAAAUGUUAUAAAUUGACUUGCAUGUUAAUGAGGGAAAUAAGUAUUUGACCCCCUCUCAAUCAGAAGGAUUUCUGGUUCCCAGGUGUCUUUUAUACAGGUAACGAGCUGAGAUUAGGAGCACACUCUUAAAGGGAGUGCUCCUAAUCUCAUCUUGUUACCUGUAUAAAAGACACCUGUCCACAGAAGCAAUCAAUCAAUCAGAUUCCAAACUCUCCACCAUGGCCAAGACCAAAUAGCUCUCCAAGGAUGUCAGGGACAAGAUUGUAGACCUACACAAGGCUGGAAUGGGCUACAAGACCAUCGCCAAGCAGCUUGGUGAGAAGGUGACAACAGUUGGUGCGAUUAUUCGCAAAUGGAAGAAACACAAAAUAACUGUCAAUCUCCCUCGGCCUGGGGCUCCAUGCAAGUUCUCACCUCGUGGAGUUGCAAUGAUCAUGAGAACGGUGAGGAAUCAGCCCAGAACUACACGGGAGGAUCUUGUUAAUGAUCUCACGGCAGCUGGGACCAUAGUCACCAAGAAAACAAUUGGUAACACACUACGCCGUGAAGGACUGAAAUCCUGCAGUGCCCGCAAGGUCCCCCUGCUCAAGAAGCCACGUAUACAGGCCGUCUGAAGUUUGCCAAUGAACAUCUGAAUGAUUCAGAGGAGAACUGGGUGAAAGUGUUGUGGUCGGAUGAGACCAAAAUCGAGCUCUUUGGCAUCAACUCAACUCGCCGUGUUUGGAGGAGGAGGAAUGCUGCCUAUGACCCCAAGAACACCAUCCCCACCGUCAAACAUGGAGGUGGAAACAUUAUGCUUUGGGGGUGUUUUUCUGCUAAGGGGACAGGACAACUUCACCGCAUCAAAGGGACGAUGGACGGGGCCAUGUACCGUCAAAUCUUGGGUGAGAACCUCCUUCCCUCAGCCAGGGCAUUGAAAAUUGGUCGUGGAUGGGUAUUCCAGCAUGACAAUGACCCAAAACACACGGCCAAGGCAACAAAGGAGUGGCUCAAGAAGAAGCACAUUAAGGUCCUGGAGUGGCCUAGCCAGUCUCCAGACCUUAAUCCCAUAGAAAAUCUGUGGAGGGAGCUGAAGGUUUGAGUUGCCAAACGUCAGCCUCAAAACCUUAAUGAUUUGGAGAAGAUCUGCAAAGAGGAGUGGGACAAAAUCCCUCCUGAGAUGUGUGCAAACCUGGUGGCCAACUACAAGAAACGUCUGACCUCAGUGAUUGCCAACAAGGGUUUUGCCACCAAGUACUAAGUCAUGUUUUGCAGAGGGGUCAAAUACUUAUUUCCCUCAUUAAAAUGCAAAUCAAUUUAUAACAUUUUUGACAUGCGUUUUUCUGGAUUUUCUUGUUGUUAUUCUGUCUCUCACUGUUCAAAUAAACCUACCAUUAAAAUUAUAGACUGAUCAUGUCUUUGUCAGUGGGAAAACGUACAAAAUCAGCAGGGGAUCAAAUACUUUUUUCCCUCACUGUAUGGAAUAAACAAAAUGUACAGUCAAUAACACAAUAGAAAAUCUAUAUACAUGUGUGCAAAUGUAAGUUAUGGAGGUAAGGAAAUAAAUAGGCCAUGGUGCAAAAUAAUUACAAUUUAGUAUUAACACUGGAGUGAUAGAUGUGCAGAAGAUGAUGUGCAAAUAGAGAUACUGGGGUGCAAAUGAGCAAAAUAAAUAACAAUAUGGGUAUGAGGUAGUUGGGUGGGCUAAUUACAGAUGAGCUGUGUACAGGUGCAGUGAUCGGUAAGCUGCUGUGACAACUGAUGCUUAACGUUAGUGAGGGAGAUAAGUGUCUCCAGCUUCAGAGGUUUUUGCAGUUCGUUCUAGUCAUUUGCAGCAGAGAACUGGAAGGAAUGGCGGCCAAAGGAGGUGUUGGCUUUGGGAAUGACCAGUGAGAUAUACCUGCUGGAAUGCAUACUACGGGUGGGUGUUGCUAUGGUGACCAAUGAGCUAAGAUAAGGCGGGGAUUUGCCUAGAAGUGAUUUAUAGAUGACCUGGAGCCAGUGGGUUUAGCGACAAAUAUGUAGUGAGGGCCAGCCAACGAGAGCAUACAUGUCACAAUGGUGGGUUGUAUAUUGGGCUUUGGUGACAAAACGGAUGGCACUGUGAUAGACUACAUCCAAUUUGCUGAGUAGAGUGUUGGAGGCUAUUUUGUAAAUGACAUCGCCGAAGUCAAGGAUCGGUAGGAUAGUCAGUUUUACGAGGGCAUGUUUAGCAGCAUGAGUGAAGGAGGCUUUGUUGCGAAAUAGGAAGCCGAUUCUAGAUUUAAUUUUGGAUUGGAGAUGCUUAAUGUGAGUCUGGAAGGAGAGUUUACGGUCUAACCAGACACCUAGGUAUUUGUAGUUGUCCACAUAUUCUAAGUCAGACCCGCCGAGAGUAGUGAUUCUAGUCGGGCGGGCGGGUGCAAGCAGCGUUCGAUUGAAGAGCAUGCAUUUACUUUUACUAGUGUUUAAGAGCAGUUGGAGGCCACGGAAGGAGUGUUGUAUGGCAUUGAAGCUCGUUUGGAGGUUUGUUAACAGUGUCCAAUGAAGGGCCAGAUGUAUACAAAAUGGUGUCAUCUGCGUAGAGGUGGAUCUGAGAGUCACCAGCAGCAAGAGCGACAUCGUUUAAUAUAAACAGAGAAUAGAGUCAGCCCGAGAAUUGAACCCUGUGGCACCCCCAUAGAGACUGCCAGAGGUCCAGACAACAGGCCCUCCGAUUUGACACAUUGAACUCUAUCUAUCUGAGAAGUAGUUGGUGAACCAGGUGAGGCAGUCAUUUGAGAAACCAAGGCUAUUUAGUCUGCCAAUAAGAAUGCGGUGAUUGACAGAGUCAAAAGCCUUGGCCAGGUCAAUAAAGACGGCUGCACAGUACUGUCUUUUAUCGAUCGCGGUUAUUAUAUCGUUUAGGACCUUGAGCGUGGCUGAGUUGCACCCAUGACCAGCUCGAAUAGCGGAGAAGGUACAGUGGGAUUCAAAAUGGUCGGUAAUCUGUUUGUUAACUUGGCUUUCAAAUACUUUCGAAAGGCAGGGCAGGAUGGAUAUAGGUCUGUAACAGUUUGGAUCUAGAGUGUCACCCCCUUUGAAGAGGGGGAUGACCGCGGCAGCUUUCCAAUCUCUGGGGAUCUCAGACGAUACGAAAGAGAGGUUGAAGAGGCUAGUUAUAGGGGUUGCGACAAUUUCGGCAGCAAAUUUUUAGAAAGAAAGGGUCCAGAUUGUCUAGCCCAGCUGAUUUGUAGGGGUCCAGAUUUUGCAGCUCUUUCAGGACAUCAGCUAUCUGAGGGCAUGGGCAAGUUGCAGCGGGGGGUGCAGAGCUGGUGGCCGGGGUAGGGGUAGCCAGGUGGAAAGCAUGGCCAGCCGUAGCAAAAUGCUUAUUGAAAUUCUCGAUUAUCGUAGAUUUAUCUGUGGUGACAGUUUCCUCGCCUCAGUGCAGUGGGCAGCUGGGAGGAGGUGCUCUUAUUCUCCAUGGACUUUACAGUGUCCCAAAACUUUUUGGAGUUAGUGCAACAGGAUGCACAUUUCAGUUUGAAAAAGCUAGCCUUUGCUUUCCUAACUGAUUGUGUAUAUUGGUUCCUGACUUACCUGAAAAGUUGCAUAUUGCGUGGGCUGUUCGAUGCUAAUGCAGUACGCCACAGGAUAUUUUUGUGCUGGUCAAGGGCAGUCAAGUCUGGGGUGAACCAGGGGCUAUAUCUGUUCUUAGUUCUGAAUUUUUUGAGUGGGGCAUGCUUAUUUAAGAUGGAGAGGAAAGACUUUUGAAGAACAUCCAGGCAUCCUCUACUGACAGAAUGAGGUCAAUAUCCAUCCAGGAUACUUAUUAUCAUAGCUUAUUCAUUUUCUUAUAGUUCAGUUGUUUUACUGGCGGACUAGACAUAGAAAGCACAGAUGGAUUUCAGUUCCCCUUUUCUGUUUACAUACUCGACACUGAGACCAGCACCUUGACAUGAUUUGCAACGGUGAUAAAUGUACAGAUGGCCAUUCUGAGAAAGGGGAAUUUCUAAGGAGAAAUAGACCCAAGUCACAUGAGAUUUCACAUGUCACUUUUGUUCUAUUUCCCAAGAUGUUUUACAGUGCCUUCAGAAAGUAUUCACAAAGUGGGAUUAAAAUGGAUUUAAUUGUCACUUUUGGUCAACGAUCUACACAAAAUACUCAACUGGCGACAGGGGUCAGCCCGCAGGCACCCGGCCCGUUGCUAGAGCGCGAUGAGCCAAGGAAAGCCCUCACUGGCCAAACCCUCUCCUAACCCGGACGACGCUGGGCCAAUUGUGGGCCGUCCUAUGGGACACCCGGCCACGGCCGGUUGUGGAACAGCCCGGGAAUGAACCUGGGUCUGUAGUAACGCCUUUAUCACUGCGAUGCAGUGCCUUAGACCGCUGCGCCCCUCGGGAGGCCCUCAAGACGAUUUUAAGUCAAAAUUAUAACUAGGCCACUCAGGAACAUUCAAUAUCAUCUUGGUAAGCAACUCCAGUGUAGAUUUGGCCUUGUGUUUUAGGUUAUUGUCCUGCUGAAAGGUGAAUUCGUCUCCGUGUCUUUUGGAAAGCAGAUUGAACCAGGUUUUCCUCUAAGAUUUUGCCUGUGCUUAGCUUUAUUCUGUUUCUUUUUAUCCUAAAAAAACUCCCUAGUCCUUGCCGAUGACAAGCAUACCCAUAACAGGAUGCAGCUACCACCAUGCUUGAAAAUAUGAAGAGUGGUACACUGUGAUGUUGGAUUUGACCCAAACAAAACACUGUAUGAAAAAAAAAAAAAAGUAUGAAAAAUGUAUGCACUCACCAACUAAGUCGCUCUGGAUAAGAGCGUCUGCUAAAUUAAUAUGUAAAUGUAUUCAGGAGAAAAAGUUAAUUUCUUUGCCACAUUUUUUGCAGUAUUACUUAAGUGCCUUGUUGCAAACAGGAUGCAUGUUUUAUAUUUCUAUUCAGUACAGGCUUCACUCUUUUCACUCUGUCAUUUAGGUUAGUAUUGUGGACAAACUACAAAGUUGUUGAUCCAUCCUCAGUUCUCUCAUAUCACAACUAUUAAACUCUGUAACUGUUUUAAAAUCACCAUUGGCCUCAUGGUGAAAUCCCUGAGCAGUUUCCUUCCUCUCUGGCAACUGAGUUAGGAAGGACACCUGUAUAUUUGUAGUGACUGGGUUUAUUGAUACACCAUCCAAAGCCUAAUUAAUAACUUCACCAUGCUCAAAGGGAAAUAUUCAGUGUCAGAUUUUGUAUUUAUUUUAUUUUUACACAGUUACCAAUAGCUGCCCUUCUUUGCGAGGCUUUGGAAAACCUUCCUGGUCUUUGUGAUUGAAUCUGUGCUUGAAAUUCACUACUCAAUUGAGGGACCUUACAGAUAAUUGUAUGUGUGGGGUCAGAGAUGGGGUAGUCAUUCCAAAAUCAAUGUUAACUACUAUUAUUGAACACAGAAUGAGUAAAUGCUACUUAUUAUGUGACUUGUGAAGCACAUUUUUACUCCUGAACUUAUUUAGGCUUGCCAUAACAAAGGUGUUGUAUACUUAUUGACUCAAGACAUUUCAUUUUUUAUUAAUUUAGAAAAUGUUCCACAAACAAAAUUAGACUUUUACAUUAUGGGGUAUUGUGUCAGAUCAGUGACACAAUCUCAAUUUACAAAAUGUAGAAAAGGUAAAGAGGUGUGAAUACUUUCUGAAGGCGCUGUACAUUGUUAUAGAUGACGAGGACCCCAAACACUGUGACAGUCUUUAUCCCCUGCCCAAUCAGUACAUUUCCUUCACUAAGUAUCCCUCUUCUCUCCCCUCCAGGCUGGCUGGGCGAGGACCCUCUUCUGGAAGGCCAACCAGUGGGUGAUGAUCCACAUGUUCCACUGCCGCAUGGUGCUCACGUACUACAUGUGGUGGGUGAGCUGGAGCCACUGGGGGGAGAUGAACAUGUACGUUGCCCUGCCUCAGCGCAUCCUCUUCUAUACCGGCCUGGCCCUGCUCACAGUGAUCAUCAACCCCAUCUGGACACACAAGAAGACCAUGCAGCUCCUCAACCCUGUCGACUGGAACUUCAGCAACAAGCCGCCGUCCAACGGCCCAAGUGGGGAGCAGGAGGAAAAACCUCAUGCGAGAUAAACGAGCCAAGCACUGUCAGCCUGUUUGGAGAGUUAUGGGGCUCUUUUACUAUGCUUGUAAAGGAGAUUCAUUUCUCACGAACUCUUUAGCUUUUAGUGCUUGAGGUUUUUUGAAGAUUAAGUUGAACUAAACUAGUGUGUUUUAAAGGUUCUCAGUACAGGUUUUAGGUCUGCUGUGUCUCUACAAGAUGUGGAUGAAAGGGCUCUUGGUCUUUGGAAGAAAUGUUAUAUUUACAUUUAGCAGACGCUCUUAUCCA